AUGCAGCAGCAACAGACAGGCAGCUUUAAUGCACCGUCUCUGAGGUAUCACAAUCCCUUCCGCAGAAAUUCCCGAUGCCUUCGCGCUGAUUUGCGCCAGAUAAUGGAACAUAUCCAAACAAUCAGUAUCCCAAGGGAGAAGUUCGAGGAUGGCCUUGAUAAUGAAGAAGCAAUGCUUUCCGUAUUGAAUGAUCUUAUCAAACAACUCAAAGAACAAUUUGCAGCUACCGGCGAUGUACAAUAUCUUCACAAGUCCCUUGACGUGCGAAGGGAAAUACUUGCCUUAAUUCCACCUGGCGAUCACCAAAACAAGGCUCUUCAGUCACAUCUACUUAGUAAUGAGCUCAGCGAUCGAUUCGCGGAAACAGAAGAUCUCAAUGACAUGAACGAAGCCAUUGAGUUGGGGAUACAGGCAUUGAGCCUAACACCUGAGAGCGAUCCCAGAAAGAUUGUGUUCCUCAGACGACUUGAGUUUCUAUUCGAAGAAAAAUAUGAGGAGGCGCAAGAUCUGGCCGACUUUGAUCGGAUAAUUCACUAUCACAGGCUGUCACUUGAGGCGAUGGACUCUGCUAGCAGUAUGCAGAUGGCUGUCAGGCUUACUGCUUUGGGCGCGAAGCUCAACAAACGAUCAGAUAUCACAGGAGAAAUCUUGGACUUGAAUGAGAGUAUCCAGAUCAUGCGACAGGUCGUUGAAUUAAAACCUGGGAACGAAGACGCGCUGAAGAAAUUGAUCCGAACUCUGUACGAUCGGUAUAAAUGGAUUGGAGAGCUACGGGAUCUGGAAGAAUGCGUUCAGCUUCACGCACAGAUAACGAAUUCAUCAGUCACCGAAGAAGACAAAGUCGAAUGGAUGAUAACGCGGGCGAAUCACCUUUGCAUUCUCCAUGAGAGAACCGAAGAUGAAGCCUAUCUUGAAAAGGCGUUUCUGGUUGCAACCGAAGCACUCGCCCUGAUUCCCGAAAGCCGCUGGAAGUCCAGGUGGCUGCAUUGUCUAGGGCGAUUGUUCGGCUGCCAGUAUCUGAAGACGGAAGGACUUGCCGACCUAGAAGAGGCAAUUCGGCUGGAAAGGAAAGCUCUUGAGUUGACACCCACUGGCGAGCAAGGUCCGAUUUUGACAAACCUGGGGAACCGUCUCGGUGAUAGGUAUCUAAGAACAGAAGAUAUUGCUGACAUUGACGAAGCCAUUGAUUGCGCCAAGAAGUCGUUGGACCUGGAGCCUGACAACCCUGACCGACUGUACAACCUUGCAAUUAAGUUGGGCGACCGGUUUUCAAGAAUAGAAGAUCUGGAUGAUGUUGAUGAGGCUAUCGAACUUGAGAGGAAAGCAUUGAAUAUAAUGCCCUUGGGUCAUAUCGAGAGAUCAGACUAUCUAAAUAUUCUGGGCAACCAGUUGGGUGAUCGAUACGAGUAUACAGGAGAUCUUGACGAUCUAGAAGAGGCUAUCCGCAACACCGAGGAAGCUUUGAGCCUGAUGUCAGAAGACCAUCCGCUCAGAGCAGCGUGGCUAAACAGCCUUGCUAAAUAUUACCUAAACCUGUUUACCACGACAGGAGACGAGCAUGUCUUAGAACAGUCCAUCAUACACUACGAACUAGCUCUUCAUCACGAGAUGUCAGCGACAGAAGAUCGGAUUACAGCUGGCCAAGCCAUUCUCUCCAACUCUUCAGACAGUCAGCAACUUUACGAUACCGCAAAGCUCGCAGUGAGUCUCAUACCAAAGCUUGUGUCAUGGUCCCACGAGAAUCACGACCGACAGUAUGUUCUUGGUAAAGUGGUUGGGUUAGCCUCCGACGCAGCAGCAGCAGCAUUACAAGCAGGUCAGUCACCCAUGAUAGCCUUGCAGCUCCUCGAACAAGGCCGUGGUAUCAUUGGAGCAUCGCUACAAGACAUGCGGAGCGAUGUGCAAGAUCUCGCGAGGCAGCACCCGCAUCUUGCAGAGAGAUAUCGUGCUUUGCAAAGUGAGCUGGACCGGCGUGCUGAACAUGGCAAGACCACGGAUGUGCAGUCACAGGUUUCGAUCAAUCGAAGGCAUGCCGCUGCCAAAGAAUUCACUGAGCUGGCAGUUGAGAUCCGUAAGCUACCUGGAUAUGAAGACUUCAUGGUUUUACAUACAGAAGACGAAAUCUGCAAUGCCUCAGAGCGCGGCCCAAUCGUUGCCAUCAACACCAGUAGACUCCGUUGUGAUGCUCUACUGGUCUCGGACGGCCGGGCUCGUGCGCUGGAACUAUCUAGUAUAACUCUGGAGGAACUGGAGCGCAGGAUCAAGCCUUGGAGCCUGGCAAGUCCACAAACCCUUGAGUGGCUCUGGGAUACCAUUAUGGGCCCUAUACUCAAUAUGCUAGGCUUUACCAAGCCUCCGCCGACAGAUAAAUGGCCCCAUGUUUGGUGGAUCCCGACAGGACCUUUAGUUCAACUUCCGCUUCAUGCAGCAGGCUACCAUCGACAACAAGGUUUCGACGCAGUACUAGACACAGUCAUCUCUUCAUACGGCUCGUCGAUCCGCAACAUCAUCCGUGGCCGUCGAGACUCAUUCCAGUCAUUCAGUUCUGAUCAGGCACUGCUCGUUGCAAUGGAGCAUACGCCAGGCCAUGACACCCUUUCCUUUGCCAACGAAGAGGUAGAAUUGAUAGACAGUAUCAUCCGCUGUAUGGAGCUGAAGUCAAUCAUACCCGAACGUACUAAGCAAAAGGUUAUCCGAUAUCUCCCAGAAUGCAGAAUCUUCCAUUUUGCUGGCCAUGGUCUGGCUCAUACAGAGGAUCCAUCGAAGAGCUGUUUGCUCCUAGAAGACUGGGAGGAUGACUCGCUUAAGGUUUCUGACCUUCUUGACAUGAAUAUUCGUCAAAAAGCACCCUUCCUCGCAUACCUUUCAGCAUGCGGCACAGGCCAGAUCAAAGAUGAGACGUCAUUUGACGAGAACAUCAACCUCAUUAGCGCGUGCCAAAUCGCUGGAUUCAGGCAUGUGAUCGGGACGUUGUGGAACGUCCAAGAUGAUCUGUCUGUUGAGAUGGCAAAGAUGACGUAUCAGGAGCUUCUCGAGUCCGGUAUAUCGGAUGAGUCUAUCUGCCAGGGGCUGCACAAGGCAACUCGUGAGUUGAGGAGAAGGUGGAUAGAGAAGUACAGGACUUGCCAAAAUCUGAGAACCGCUACUGACUCCGAUAGCCAUGAGGCAGCCAAAGGGUCUCUAUCGCGUUCAGCCAGAGACGCAUCUUUGAUCGGUAGUAUGGACAAUGACCUUGGGUCGGCCGAUUGGGCACCGUAUAUACACUAUGGGGUAUAG